AAAGGCUCCCAGAUCAGUGCACCGCGUGGCUGCUGCCAGUGUCCCUGGCCUGCGCCCACGGCACGUGUGACGCAGCGCCGGGGCUGCUCUGGGUGCGUCGCACGGCUCCGCCCUGCCGGCGCAGGGACCCAGCUGCGCGUGCUGCCGGCUGGCGCUAGUCGCAGAGGGAGCUGGAGCUGGAGCUGCAUCUGCCUGGGAAGCCGCUCGCUGCCAGGCCUUCUCCAGCGGGUGCUCACGGGACAGAAGCACCCUGGGCGCGGGGCUGCCCCUCACCGGAGCAGUCAUUUCAGCUCUGGGGACGCGGGUUGGGCCCAGCUCCACUUGGAGUACCGGGGACCUCCCAAAGCAAAGCACGCACGGGGGCUGCUGUCUGUGGCAUCCCUGGCAGGAGCGUUUGUGCCGUGUCCAUGUGUCUGUCUGUGUUUGCGCGGUGUCCGUGUCCGUGUCCCUGGAUGGCGUGGCAGGAGUGCACCUGUCGUGUGUGCGGUGUCCGUGGACAGCGUGGUGGGCACGUGUCUGUGCCGUGGCAGUGUGUCCCUGGAUGGCGUGUGGGGGUGCGUCUGCAUUUGGUGUGUCUGUGCAGCACAGCCCGACCUUGGCUCAGGGUCUCCCCUGGGCCUGGGCUCGCUGGUCCCAGCUAACCCAGCUGGGGAUGUUCAGAGGUGCUCCAGUCCCCGGCGAGCCCGCGAGACUCGGCCACAGUAGUGGGGGCCCCUGUGAGCUGAAGCUAAGCGUGCGCCUCCUGCUGCAGACACGUCUGGCCAGCGUGGCCCCGCAUGGCUGCGUGCACAAGUCCAGCUCUCCGGCGGCUUUGCCUUGCAGACGUUCCCCUUCACCUGUGGCCACUGCCUGGUGCCUGGACGUCCAUCCAUCUCUGGGCUGGAUGUCCAUCCCCAGGCCGGCACAGACCUCAGCUCCCCUGUUUCUGGACUGCAGCCCCCACCCCGCUCCUGUUCUGACUCCAUGUAUCCCCCACCUCUGACGAGGCUGCAUUAAUAAGUCUGGCCCUUGCAGGGAUCCAGGCCGGUGCUUGGAGCAGUCUGACUCCAGCUCCCCAUCCCGGGGACAUGCAGGCCUGGACAGGCCUUGGGAAAGGACUCCUCGGCCCUUUCUAGCUGGGGCUGGGGGCCGGGAAGCUGAGGCCACUGCUGGGGUGCCAGCGGGCAAUCACAGGCUUCAACCUGCUGCUACUUACCUGCGCAUUCCUUUCUGGACACGAGGGAGCCAUCCCGGUCAGCCCGGCUCCACAAAGAGGGGCAGGGGAAGACGCCCCUGAGAGCGUGAGGGCAGAGGCAGGGCGGCCUGCCCGAGGGCUGGGCAUGGGGAGUUAUGGGGGCAAAGGUGAUGGAAAGAGGAUGAGGCGAAUCGAGGUGGAUUAUCCAGGAAAACCUGGCAAUGGAAGGCUUUAGCCUCCCAGGGUGGGGGGGGCACGAGGAGCUGCCAGCCAGGAGGUGGAUUAGCUGUGACCUCGACGAGCCUCUUGUGUUGCAGGGAGCCGUGGAUGUCAGCCGCUCCUGGCACCCGCCGUGGUGGAGCGGGGCGCCCGGCUCCUGCGCACCGUGUCUCCGGGCCUGGGCCCAGCCCAACAAGAGCACUGGCUGGGGGAUCUGGGAGGGAGCGCUUCGCGCACGCCCUGCUCCUUGUGACAUCAGGGCUGGGUGGCCCCUGGGUCCAGCCGCAGCUGCCCUCCUCACGUGCUCGCGCCUGCUUCCAGAUGGCUUCCGCUACUGACGCCCGCUAUGGCCAGAAGGAGUCCUCAGACCAGAACUUCGACUACAUGUUCAAGAUCCUGAUCAUCGGGAACAGCAGCGUGGGCAAGACCUCCUUCCUGUUCCGCUACGCCGACGACUCCUUCACACCCGCCUUUGUCAGCACCGUCGGCAUCGACUUCAAGGUCAAGACCAUCUACCGCAACGACAAGCGCAUCAAGCUGCAGAUCUGGGACACUGCGGGCCAGGAGCGGUACCGGACAAUCACCACCGCCUACUAUCGCGGGGCCAUGGGCUUCAUCCUGAUGUACGACAUCACCAACGAGGAGUCUUUCAACGCGGUGCAGGACUGGUCGACCCAGAUCAAGACGUACUCGUGGGACAACGCGCAGGUGCUGCUGGUGGGGAACAAGUGCGACAUGGAGGAUGAGCGCGUCGUGUCGUCGGAGCGUGGCCGCCAGCUGGCCGAGCACCUGGGGUUCGAGUUCUUUGAGGCCAGCGCCAAGGACAACAUCAACGUCAAGCAGACGUUCGAGCGGCUCGUCGACAUCAUCUGCGAGAAGAUGUCCGAGUCCCUAGACACAGCGGAUCCCGCCGUGACGGGGGCCAAGCAGGGGCCGCAGCUGACGGACCAGCAAGCCCCUCCGCACCAGGACUGUGCCUGCUAGACGCAAGCAUGGCCCCCACUCCUCACCCGUCACCACCUCCGCGUCCCAGAGCCCUCGAUCAGCCCCUUGUGCUCCCAAUUAGCCCCUGUUCAAUCAGUUUUAUUGGGUAACCCCUGGAGACCGGCCGAGGCGAGGUGACCGGGCCGGGGCUCGUGCUGCGCAGGUUUUAGGAGGGCUGCGUCCUCCCUCCAAGCCUGCGCCGCUCUGGCUCCCGGCUGCGCCCUGUCACCCCUGCCCCUGCCCCCCCACCUCACUCUCACCCCGGGACAGUAGGAAAAAGCUCUUCUGUUUGCUCGUAGCUGUUGUCUGACCCCGGCUCUGUGUUCCUCAUCGCUGGACCGCCAAAGCCAGGUGCUCCCUGCUGCUGGCUGUCGCAUCUGCCUGCCCCUGGCACUGGCGGGCGUGAGGCCUCCAGCCAGCGGGCCAUGAGCUAGAAAACCCUGGCUUUGGGGGCCAGCGCAGAACGGCCAGUGCCGAAGUGAGGGUUUGGGCUGGCUUCCAGGUAAAGGGGGGCAGGGGCAGGGGCAGCAUCUUAACACUAUAGCUGACACCACGUGUUGUUGUGACACUACGCAAGGUCCAGCAUGACCUGCCUUCUCACGCAGCUGCCGUGCUGCAGCAGUGAGACUAAUUGCAUACCGCUGCUAAUGAGAGGAUGUUCCCCUCGGUCUGUGCGUCAGCUCCCUCCCCUCUGCCCUGCAUGUCUGCUGCUGCAUGGCGGGGGCUCCCAACAGCCGCUCGCAUGGUGAGCGCCCGGAGCCGGCUGCAGGCCAUGCGCCUUGGCCCUGCCUCGUGCCCUGCAGCCGUGGCGGACGGGGCUGGGCCGGGGAGGGGGAGAGGUCGCGACUCCCGCCGGCCCUUGCUGGCUUGAUGCGUUCGACCCCGACGAGGCGUGAGUGCAAGCGGUGCCCUGGAGACGCGUUGCAGCCCUGUCCUCCUGCCCCCUCGCAGCUUGUCCUGCGAAGGGCAGAGGAUCCGGCCCCGGCCUGGCUGGAGAGCGCCCCGGCUUGUCAGUCCCGCCCGUCACCGAUGCAUAUUUCACGACUCCUGUUUAUUUGUACAAAUAGAGGCUACUUCUGCUCCUGCUGUCUUCCUCCUUGUACAUAAACACGACGCCCUGUACAUAGACGUAGCCGUGCCCCUCGUGUGCGUGUGCCCUGCUGUGCCGUGGCUGUGCUGCUGUACUUAUUUAUUUUAGCGAUGUGGUGGUGACCUGCUUGUGAAAACCACUUUGGCAUCUAUUAUUUAAGAGCAGGACGAGCAAGGGCAGCGGCGGUGGCAGCACCACAGCAAACCGGUGCCGGAGCCGCGGCCUCGCAGCAGUGUGGACAGUCUCCGCGCAGACGUCCGAGCCAGUGACCCGAGCUGGUGCACGGCCGGGCUUGGCGCGUUGCUGCAGCCCCUGCUGCUCCCUGCGUGUCCAUAUAGUGAUGUGCUUACUGUGGAGACCGUGACUACGUGGAACUACCUGUAUCAAUGACCAACCCUGUCUGGCUCCCCCACCCCUAUUUAUUUUUCUUGGAGCACUGUCUUUGUUUUACAGAUACGAAACGACGUGGCCACUCCGCCCAGCCUCCUCCUCUCUGUGACGUUGACUCAUCUGGAAGAGUUUCGCUGUACUGUAAAAAUGUCAAAAGUGUCAAAAGAGUCAAAUUUCCUGAAACUCGCUGUACGAGAGAUGUUGUGAAGAAAUAAACCAAUGCUGAUCACAAGGUG